AUGUCUCAAGCUCCUUCUUUACGUCGACAUCACUCUACAUUCUCUCCGUUCUCGACAACACCAACGUCAUGCCGAGAAGCGCAAGCCCACGUUUCUACCGAGACCGUUGACAUGCCUCUCAUGAUUGAAUACGAUGAAUUUUACGUAUCAGACGAUGGGAUUGCCCGAACAUUCUACGAACUGCAUGCAACGGGCUCGACGAAGAAACCACCCUUUGCAAUUGAAGAGCGGUAUGAUUUGAAGCAAGCUAAGAAAACGUUUGUGUUGCGCAAACCUGCACCAGACGAGAACUCUCCUCAUUCAUCUAAUGAAGAUCAGGACGCUCAACCUGAAGUCUUAAGCCGGAACUCCCUCGGUGCUGUAGAUCUGGGAAAAGUCAUUACUUCCGUGCACAUCCAAGAGAUUGAUCAAGGAGUGUUCGGUUCCGCCGGCACAGGCGCAACGACAUGGGAAGCCUCGCUCGCCAUGGCUCUCUACUUUGGUACGCAGCGGCACCAGCUUUCUGGAAAUGUCGUCGAGCUUGGCUGCGGGGUGGGCGUAGGCAGCAUUCUCAAUAUCUUGGCAUCGACACUGGAUCACCGAGAGCGCUCGCACGUCAAGUCCGUCACACUGACUGACGGAAACGAUGAAGUUUUGCAACAAUGCCGCAGCAAUGUGCACCAAGCCUUGGCUGGUGUGCCCCCUAGCACACGUCCACCUAUUUCCAUCAAAAACUUGGAGUGGAAGGAAGCGUUCGAGUCGCUUGAUCGGUGCAGUGACAUUUUGGGUGGUGCGAAGUACAAAACAGUGAUUGCCUGUGACUGUGCUUACCGCCACCAAGCGAUUAAACCCUUGAGCGAAACCUUGGCUAGUAUACUCCAACCUGAAGGUACCAUUCACAUGUUUGGACCAUACAAUCGCAGCGCAUUUUUAGAGACAUGUCGUUACCUGUCCAGGGAGUUGAAUUUGGAUGUCACCUUGGAAUGGGUUGAAAUCAAUCGAUAUCGACUCAAGCCAGCCAGUGAAAUAGAAGGUAGUGGAUGGAGUGAAAAAGACGACGGUAGCUUUGCGUCACAAUGCGCAGCCAAGGAUAGCAGUAAUCACAAAGCAGACGAGUCACUCUUCGAUAUUGAUUAG